GGCGAGGCGAAGCCGGAGGGCAGGCAGGAGAAGGAGGCGGAGAGCAAGACCGUCGCCGAGAAGGGUGGUGCCGAGGCCGGCGCCGAGAAGGCCAGUGCCGAGGGGGCCAGCGCCGAGAGGGCUGGUGCCGAAGAGGACGGCCGUGCCGCCAAACAGACAGCCAAUGUUGCCACACUUCGCGGGAGCAGCAGGGGGAGCCUGAGGAUCGUCAGCAGUACGUAG